AUGUUAAUCAACGCUAUCUCAUCAUUGUUCAGUGCCUCCUCAUCAAAGAUGACAAGUUCAGUUUCAGGUGGAAAGGGUUCAUUUGGAUCACAAUCAGCCAACCAAAUAACACUAUUAUCUGCUUCUGUAGGUGCUUUGGCUACCGCAUUUUCUACAAUUCAAUUGAUGUCACCGCCAAUACAUCUUUUCAAAAACCUUCGUGUAUUCCUAUUUGGAAGUCAAUAA